AGCCUCCCUAGCUUGGCUGUUUUUCUACUCUCGCGCGUGCGUGCGUGUGUGUGUGUGUGUGUGUGUGUGUGCGCGCCUCUGCUCUUUGUCCUGAGCCCACGAUUCCAGAGCUGGCUGGACCCAAGGAGGUGAAGAGUCACUUCUCGGCCCCAGGAAGGGCAAAGAAGAGAGACAAAAUCAGCCUGUCUGCUCCCUGCUUGGCUCAACAAGGCCUCUAAUAGUCUUUUGUCCUUUCUUCUGCACACGGCGUAUUUGGGAACAAGAAACAAAAAUUUUUCCAAAUGAAGAGAACUCACUUGUUUAUUGUGGGGGUUUAUUUUCUGUCCUCUUGCAGGGCAGAAGAGGGGCUUAAUUUCCCCACAUAUGAUGGGAAGGACCGAGUGGUAAGUCUUUCCGAGAAGAACUUCAAGCAGGUUUUAAAGAAAUAUGACUUGCUCUGCCUCUACUACCACGAGCCGGUGUCUUCAGAUAAGGUCGCGCAAAAACAGUUCCAACUGAAAGAAAUCGUGCUUGAGCUUGUGGCCCAGGUCCUUGAACAUAAAGCUAUAGGCUUUGUGAUGGUGGAUGCCAAGAAAGAAGCCAAGCUUGCCAAGAAACUGGGUUUUGAUGAAGAAGGAAGCCUGUAUGUUCUUAAGGGUGAUCGCACAAUAGAGUUUGAUGGCGAGUUUGCAGCUGAUGUCUUGGUGGAGUUCCUCUUGGAUCUAAUUGAAGACCCAGUGGAGAUCAUCAGCAGCAAACUGGAAGUCCAAGCCUUCGAACGCAUUGAGGACCACAUCAAACUCAUUGGCUUUUUCAAGAGCGAGGACUCAGAAUACUACAAGGCUUUUGAAGAAGCAGCUGAACACUUCCAGCCUUACAUCAAAUUCUUUGCCACCUUUGACAAAGGGGUUGCAAAGAAAUUAUCUUUGAAGACGAAUGAGGUUGACUUCUAUGAGCCAUUUAUGGAUGAGCCCAUUGCCAUCCCCAACAAACCUUACACAGAAGAGGAGAUUGUGGAGUUUGUGAAGGAACACCAAAGACCCACUCUACGUCGCCUGCGCCCAGAAGAAAUGUUUGAAACAUGGGAAGAUGAUUUGAAUGGGAUCCAUAUUGUGGCCUUUGCAGAGAAGAGUGACCCAGAUGGCUACGAAUUCCUGGAGAUCCUGAAACAGGUUGCCCGGGACAAUACCGACAACCCCGACCUGAGCAUCCUGUGGAUCGACCCCGACGACUUUCCUCUGCUCGUUGCCUAUUGGGAGAAGACUUUCAAGAUUGACCUAUUCAGGCCACAGAUUGGAGUGGUGAAUGUCACAGAUGCUGACAGUGUCUGGAUGGAGAUUCCAGAUGAUGACGAUCUUCCAACUGCUGAGGAGCUGGAGGACUGGAUUGAGGAUGUGCUUUCUGGAAAGAUAAACACCGAAGAUGAUGAUGAAGAUGAUGACAAUGAUGAUGAUAAUAAUUCUGAUGAGGAUAAUGAUGACAGUGAUGAUGAUGAUGAUGAAUAGCCCAACUCCAAACAAUUCUGAUGAAAAACAAAAUCACAGCUACCCACUACCAUACAGACAGCACAAGGUGGCAGCAAGCAAUUCUGCCCCACACCCAGCCAACUCCUUUCCCUUUUCCAUGAUCUCUUUUCCCACUCCCUUUGCAUCAGGAGCAGUAUCAUUCAGCAAAUGCCUUUUCAAAUGCAGCAAUCCCACUUAGCAGAGACAGGAGGAAAAUUAUCCCCAUGUUGACUGUCUUGACUGUCAUGGAACAGGUCUUGUUCUUUGCUGGACCAUCAAGGGUCACGGCAGUGCCUGAACAUGGCAGUCUAGGGUGAACAAUCCCUUAACACUAGUUUAUGUUGUCUUUGAUUAUGACAGUAACAGAACUGACAGCUUUCUAACUCACAGGCAUAGAGUGACCUUAUAGUCAGAGCCCAGGGAAGACACAUGAUUAAUGAUUUAGUUCCCUCCAUACCUCGAACAUGAGUUGGAAUCCCUCCUCCAGCCAAGACGAUCCUUCUUAGGGAAGGCUAGCCUUGGAAGCAAACUUAUAAAUCAUAUUCUCAUGGCUCUGUUAAACUUAUUUCAAGUGAUGGUCAUUCAUAUUGUUAUGGAUAUUCAAGCCUUUGGAUGGCUGUGGAGAGGUCUUGAAAUGUGUACAGGUGUCACCAUCAUUUCUAGUGUAUUAGGAAACUGGGAUGGGAGGUGGAUUUGCUCUCUAAACUUCCCUCUAGUUGGUAAGUCUCACAUAUUCAUCAGCAGGAGUGGAGGGUGGGGGAAAACUAGAAAGAUGAAAGGUCUUACAUUUUUCUGAUGGGUUCAUGUCUCUGACUGGGUCAGCUAGCUUCCUAGCCUAAGCUGGGAUCUGAAUACCCCUUCUCUGUAGCUGCUAGUGAGCCUUCCCAUUUGGAUUAAAGAUUGCUUUAUCCAGCAGUCAAUUAACUCUCCAGUUAUCAGUACUCUCACAGUUGGCCAGGGCAACAAUAAUUGGAGUUCAUACUGAUGCCCUGAGGCACUGAAAAAAAAUUCCAAAGUGCCUUCUGAGCUGUCUAAAAGUUAUAUUGUGCUUGGUAGUUUUAGUGUUAAGUGUGCAGUAUAAUUUUCUAAUUUAUUUUCUCAAUCUUUUAGCACAUGUCUAAGACACUGUACAGAUUUUUUGAAAAUAGAGCAAUAGUUUUUGUGGAAUACUAGCUAACUAAUUCUGUCAUUAAACUCAUAUUUUGAAAAUAUUCAGACAAUGUUGAAAA